GCAGCCACCGCCGCAACUCGCCAUCCGAGAGCACCGCGCUGUCUCCACUCUACAUCUGCUGUGUCUAACCUACGCUCGAAGAGGAUGGGCAUUGUGUUUAGUGGACGAUGCUACAGCAAGGCGCGUCUCGACAACAAGACGGCCAUCAUCACUGGCGCUAACACAGGCAUUGGUAAAGAGACUGCGUUGGACCUGGCCCGCAGAGGAGCGACCGUGGUGCUGGCGUGCCGAGACGAGCAGAAGGCGGAAACAGCGGCGGAGGACCUUCGGAAGCGGUUGCAGAGCUGUGAGGGGGCGGGACAGGUGCACGUCCAGAGGCUGGACCUCGCAUCUCUCACUUCAGUUCGCGCCUGCGCACGACGGCUCCUGGAGCAGCACCCUAAAAUACACCUGCUCAUCAACAACGCCGGCAUCAUGGCGUGCCCGCAUGCCGUGACGGAGGACGGCUUCGAGAUGCAGCUGGGUGUCAACCAUCUCGGCCACUUCCUCCUCACGUGCCUUUUGCUGCCCAGGCUGCGUGCGUCUGCUCCCGCCCGCAUCGUCAACGUCUCCUCGCUGGCGCAUUUAGGUGGUUCUAUCAACUUCGACGACCUGAUGUGGGAGAAAUCUUACAACGCGACUUUCGCUUACGCGAGAAGCAAGCUUGCCAAUAUCCUGUUCACCAAAGAGUUGGGUAAACGACUUGAAGUUGUCCGGAAUCCUAUAGGUACUGGCGUGACAGCAUACAGCUUGCACCCAGGAGUCGUUGCGACUGAGCUGAGCAGACAUUUCGACUCGGCGUACUUCCCUGGGGUGACCUGGCUCUUCAACAACAUGGCGCGCUUCGUCAUCAAGUCUCCUGAGCAAGGGGCGCAGACCUCCAUCUACUGCGCUGUCGAGGAGAGCCUCAGCAAAGAAACUGGACUCUACUACAGCGACUGCCAACGGACGAUGCCGUCGAGGCGGGCUCGGGACGGGGAGACGGCGCGUCGCCUGUGGGAGGAAAGUGCGCGACUCGUCGGCCUCAAAGAGUGGGACCCGUGCACAGCGCCCGACGGCUCGCAGCCCUUCUGAACGCUUCUGCAACUGACUCUUACUCAGCUCAACACCGUCACACAGCUAGUGACGAAACGUCGGCAAACAAGCGGAAAACCGUCCUCCUUCUAGCUUUCGGGAUGAAGGAACUUCCUCUGUCACGAGAUAAAGAGCACACAAUUUAGUAACCGAAAUCGGAACUCAUCCGUAAGCCGACGAUAAACAGUAUUGUACGGUAAAUGAUAUACAGUCCAAAGGUUGUGCAUAUAUGGUCGAGGA